AUGCCUAACCUCCCCAAUCUCACUGCAGCGAACUCGCCAGCCUAUUACCAGGAAAGGUCUUUCUCCCAUCCACCGAGGCCUACGCAUUUUCAGCAAGCUCAUACUACGCAAGAGAAGCAGCGCCAUCCCAUUUGCAUCGUCAUUCCUUCCUCCGCCAACGAUGUAGCCACAGCAGUCAAAAGUCUAGCUGAGCUAUCCAAUUCGACCUUUGCCAUCCGAUCCGGCGGCCACUCAUCCGCUGCUGGUGCUGCUAAUACCGACAACGGCGUCACAAUCAACGUGCAGCAGCUGAAAACCAUCCAACUAACCAGGAACGACACAGUCAUAUCCGUCGGUGGCGGCGCCUCAUGCUCCGACCUCUUCGCGGCACUCAAGGGCGGACAGAACAGCUUCGGGGUCGUUACGCGCUUCGACAUGGCCAUCUUUGCACAGGAUUGA